UUGGUCGACUGGCAGAGAAUGGGAGAGAGGGAGGGAGGGAGAAAGAGAGAGGAGGAACUGCGGGAGGAAAAAAAGUUAAAGUAAAAAUGGCUUCCUUGUCUUUGGAGUCUAAAGAACAAUCUGAAAACAGCCCAGAGGAGCCUGCAGCCACGGAGUCCAAAGAAGAGGAAGACCCGGUGCAAGUUUCGGAACGACUGCUCCAAAGUUUCCAAAAGUCGGCUUUGAGUUUUUCCAUCGACCAAGUAUCAUGUCUGUGCGAGGCCCUUCUGCAGGCGGGCAAUGUGGAUCGCCUGUGGAGAUUUCUAUCCACCAUACCUCCCUCGUCCGAGCUGCUACGUGGCAACGAGACCCUGCUGAAGGCCCAGGCACUGGUGGCCUUCCACCGGGACGAGUUCAAGGAGCUGUACGCCCUCCUGGACAGCUACGACUUCCACCCGUCUAACCAUGGGUUCCUGCAGGACCUGUACCUGAAAGCCCGCUACAAGGAGGCGGAGAGGUCCCGCGGCCGCAGCCUGGGCGCAGUGGACAAGUACCGGCUCAGGAAGAAGUUCCCCCUGCCCAAAACCAUCUGGGACGGAGAGGAGACCGUGUACUGCUUCAAGGAGAAGUCCCGAAACGCCCUGAAGGAGUGCUAUAAGAGCAACAGGUACCCGACUCCGGACGAGAAGAAAAACCUGGCCAAAGUCACCGGGCUGUCGCUCACACAGGUCAGCAACUGGUUCAAGAACCGCAGGCAGAGGGACAGGACCCCGUCCGGGACCCACAGCAAAAGUGAGUCUGAUGGGAACCACACCACUGAUGACGAGGCGAGCCCCAUGGACGACACCCCCGAUAAACCAGAGGAGGCUGCUGUCUCCACGGCCUCCAUCAUCUCUCUCUCCGCCGUCCCCUGUACCGCGGGAGGCCAGCUCAUCCUCAAUGGGACCGGUGGCUUCCUCACAGCGCCUCAGUCGCUACUACUUAACGGAAAUUCCCUGCUCUCCAGUACUGGUGCUGGUGUCAUAAUUAAUGGGCUAAGCUUGGGCGAUUGCCAGACAGUCACACUAAGUCCUGUUGCGACCAACUCUCCGUUGAUACUGAACGGGGCUCAGGUCAUAACCAAACCUAGUAUCAGUGUGCAGCAGCAGCAAGUAGUUUCUAUGGCACAGCAGGAGCUUUCGGCCAUGGAGGCCAAGUCUAGCAGUCUUCCAGCAGUCUCCAACCCUUCAUCCAUCAUCUCUCAUCCUCUGCAAACCAGAACAGACAGCGACAAUGCAAUGGAUUUCAUCAGUGUCCAUGAAUCAGAGGGCAGCAGCCAGACAGUGUCUUCGUCUUCAUCUUUAUCCCCUUCCUCACCAACUCUGUCCUCCCCAACCAGGCUCCCCUCACUAGUCUUAACACAAAACACACAACGCCAGGAGCCUCUAACCCUCCCGGCCUCUAUGUCAUCUGCAGGCAUGGUGAUCUCCAGUUCUGCCGUGCCUCUCUACAGUCAACAAGGGGGUUACGUUAGCUUUGCCACCGCUGGCUCUCACCUAAACCCUUCUAGCUGUGUCGUUUCCUCCAGUGGCUCCACCCCUCAGGUCUUCUCUUUGCCCCAGGUUGUGCCUUCCAUCCAGGGUAUACCAGUCUCCCAGCUGGUCCAGCACUCUUCAGGACCCCAGGUGUCCCAGUGCCCUCAGUUGGUCCCAGUAUCCCCCCUCACCUCGUCAGCUCCUCAGUUCCAAAUCCAGACAGUGAACACAAGCACCAGACUGGUGCAACAGCAGCAAGAUGUGUCAACAACUUUGCCCGAAGGUGCUACAACCAUAGUCUCCAUCUCACAGCUCAACAGCAAUCAGCUCCCACAGCGAACGGUUCACCAGCUGGGGGACCAGAGCACAAACUCCACACCCGGCAAAAUCCAGGUCCCGCAGGUUAUUUCCAUCUCCUCCCCGACACAAGUAGUCCCAAUCCCCCAGACCAAAGGCAACACACCAGCACAGUUAGUCCCCCUCUCCAUGCCCCAGCUGGUCCCCGUCUCCCCCAUCCAAACUUCUUCCACCAUCUCUUUCCCCCAAGUGGUACCUGCCAGUCCUUCUCUGUCCACCCUGUCUGCCGGGGGGCCCUUACAGAUCCUGACUUCAGCUCCUGCUGGGGUCGCACAUGGUCCUCUCAGGAUAAACCAGUUGAGGCCCAUUCAGAGUGUGGGUCACCAAACCAGUGCGGCCCCUAGUGUGCAGCUCCUCAACUCUGGGAUCAUUCAGCUGCCCUCUGCUCCACCAGGUAACCUUCUCUUCGGUGGAAGCCCUUAUCUUAGCGUCCAGCAAGGCAAGCUGAUUCUCACCAUCCCAGCAGGCAUUCAACUCACCAGUUUGCCCCUGAAACCAGUCCCUGAGGCUUCACCCAUCUCUAACGGACUGAGGCACCUCCUCACCUCCUCCACCCCUCCUGUGGUCUCAACCACCUCGGGCCCGACCCCCAGUGGCCUCGCAUCAUCUACCCUGAACUUCAUCAACUCGUCCCCGCCGUACUGUGCUCCAGAGACGGGGACACCUGCCGUCCCCUCACCUCCUGUGCUGGACCAUUCAGUCACUCCUACAAUGCCAAACGCUCUCACUCCAGAAAGUCUGCUUACCCUCAGUCCCAUGUACAGCGGGGUGACACCCAACACCCAGCUGUCCCAGCCGGCCUGGAGCCCCGUGCCCCUCUCCACUUCGGCCAGUCUAACUAUGUUCGAUGUCCGUGGCAAGGGGGACCUACCCGUGGACCCGGCUUUGUUAGGCCUACCUGGAGGAGAGUCGCUACUUCUGGGAAGCCCCUCGCCAGAUCAGGAUGUGGACGCCAACUCCACACUGGGGAAUCCAGAGGAGAUGGACGGGGACUCCAAGAUUCUUACUCAGCUCCAGUCGGUCCCCGUGGAUGAUGACCUUGGCUUGUAGUCCGUUUAUAAGUGGAAGGCAAUUCAAUGUCUCUAAAGACAAAAAACAUGAAAAAUACUGUGUGUCGCAGACUCUGCCGUCUGAAAGAAGAGCCAAAUGUUUUUUACAAUAAGUUCAGGUUCUGACAUGUACAACAAUGAUGCUCACUUAAUAAGACCUGAUACCAUCAUGGUCUUAGCUGGCACUUUUGAGGUAAAUCCUCUGCAGCUCUAUUUGGAUCCACAUGGAUGGGUUGUUCUCGUACGUUUUUUCUUUUUACUAAAAUCUGUACGUGCCUCAUUUGUUUUUAUCAGAUGCAGACAGAAGAACUAACCCAGAUGAGUCUGCUUGGCCUAAGUACAGGUCCUGAUGUUAAAAAAAGAAAAGACUAUAUUAUGCAAGGCGUUAUGGCUUUGCCUACUCUCUCAGCUCUUCUUCACCGUUUUGUGGACUACAGACCAAGUACAGCUGUACUUGGAAAAGAUGUCGGGUUUUUUUGUUGGCAGUAGAAGAAGUUCUUUGUGGAUCAGACCACAGUAACUUUACACCGGACUGUCUGGCAAAGGUAUGAAUCUAGAAAUAGUUGAGUAUCGCCUGUCUGUCCAGAGCUCAGAGAUUCAGGAAGUAUUCUACCAGGAAACACUCCAGGAAUAUAGUGAAGAUUAUAUUCAUCGCAAACAGAACAGAAGUUUAGUUUGUUGAGUUUUAUGUAGAACCAUUAUUACAUCAUAGCUUCAAGGGCUAUACAGCAGUAUUUUUAUUACUACAGGUUACUGAAGUCCGGGCUGAAACAGGCUUCCAAACUGAUUUUAUCAGUACACAGUUUUUAAUGACUUUCUGCAGUUUUUAGGUGAGAAUGCUGCUCUCCAUUAUGACAAAUAUGACACCGGAAAUAAAAGGGUCUAUACUCUAUGCAAUGCAUGUUUAGUUCUUUAUAGGACACUUUGUGGCACAAUGGCUGAGUUGAUAUGCCAAUAAUCUUGGGAGAUGAGAAAAAGCUUUUUAAGUACAGAACAUUUAAAUGAAGCAUGACACUAAAGCAUUUGCUGUGAUCCCACUUUGUGAUAUUUGUUGUCAAAUGCAUCCAAAAUCUCUGUUUGUUGAUAUUGAUAAGUGCCUUAUUUUAAAGCUUACAGGUUUGAUGUUUUUGAUGAAAAUGUUUUAACUUUUUACACAGUUUGCUAUACACCCGACCAAAUUUUGGAUUUCACUUUGUGGACUUUUUUGAAUACCCACAUUUGUUUGUCUGUUUGAUCGCCAGUGAAAUAUAUUGUGACAUUUUUGGUUACAUAGUCAUCGCCCGAUCUCCUCUAUUUGUAUAUUUUGCACCUUUCAUUAACACAGUGUUUACUGCGCUGCUGUGUUGUUAUGACAGUGGUUUGACCCAUAUUCUCAUCUGGAAUGUAUUUUAUAUCUUUUCUUAAUUGGACCUUAAUAAUCCUGAUUUCCUUAUCAAAUCUGUUGUAAAUGAUGGAACAGCUCCCUCAGUUAAAACCUAAAAAAUACUCAUCAUCGUUUAAGCUUUCCACUGUCAUAACACAGGUAGCGGUCAGACCUUUGGCCAAUUAUGGUACACAAAAAUACACUUCAGUGUCGCAUCUGGUUACAAUAAUGGCCUUUGUGUUUUGUUGUUGUUGUUUUUUAUUAGAAUGUUUGUUGUUUGUCUUUUUUGUACAUUUAAUCUAUUUAAAGCAUGUAUCAAUCAGUAAGAAAGUGAGUCCUUGUGAAAAAAUGCAGAUAGGAAAUGAUAUUCAUUUUGACUUGGAAGGUGCAAACUGAGGUUUUACAAUCUAAGACUACAUGUAUCAAAUCAAUUAUUAUGGUAAUUUACAAAUACAGUAGGUCGCCCCCUGUUAAUAAGUGUUAAGGCCAUCUGUUCCCAGUGGAGUAGAUUAUUGAAUGGCUCGGACAAGUAAGUUUUAGUCUGAAUUUUACUGAAAUUUAAAUGAGUAGUUAGGGGUAAAGGGAAAUUUGUCUUAUAUGUAAAAUAUGGUAGCCUGCAUUUGUUUAUAUGAGCCAUUUCUUACCAAAGUAUGUUGACAUUAAAGCCUCAAUGGGCGUAUGCACAUUUGUACCCAUUUCUUUGUAGCCUGGGAUACAUUUUAUGCUCUCUUCUACCUGACACAUAUGACUCCAGAUUUAACCAAAGAUAAUGUAUUUUGAUCAACUUUCUGAUAUUUGUGAAAGGGAACGUUUGUGUCUGUCAUUCAAGGUUCUUGUUUUCUCAUUUUUGUAUUCAAAUGCAUUCUAUUUUUUAUAUUUCAUAAUAAUGCAAUAAACUACAUUUACAGAAAGGGGUUGGCUUCUGUUAUGACUGUUGGGAGCUAUGAAUUAUUG